AUGCGAAAACUAUUAAAAACAGUUGAGAACUACGUGCUAAUGUCGACUCUUUCUAGCCGCAAUGUUGUCGGCCCGAUGACACCAAAGCCUAGCGUUGGCGGCUCUCUCGGUCCCGGACAGAUUGCGAAAGCAAGUCCACAAUCUACGGUCAAUCGCUUCUGUAUUGGGCUUAAUUGGUGGGCCGUCUGUGUAUGCAUGCACUUGUGUGCUCACGUGUGA